ACUAUCCGGAAAAUCCCAACAUUGAUCCGCCCCAAAAAUGUGAGCGCGGCUCGUCUUUGCCCCCCCUCCCCCUCCCCCACAGCCGGACAUCUCAGGGAAGAAUGGAUCGGAAUAAACGAAACUCGAUCGCCGGCUUCCCCCCUCGCUUGGACCGGAUUGACGACAGCGCCGGAGACGGGGUCAUCGCGCCGAUCGGGAGGUCCUACUCCUCGUCCUCCUACAGAGCGCUGAUCAGCGCCUUCUCCUGCCUCACCCGACUCGAUGAUUUCACCUGUGAGAAGAUCGGCUCCGGCUUCUUCUCCGAGGUGUUCAAGGUGCGGCACCGGACGUCUGACCAGGUGAUGGCGCUAAAGAUGAACAUGCUGAGCAGCAACCGAGCCAACAUGCUGAAGGAGGUGCAACUGAUGAACCGACUGUCGCACCCCAACAUUCUGAGGUUCAUGGGCGUGUGCGUUCACCAGGGCCAGCUUCACGCGCUGAUCGAGUACAUAAACAGCGGGAAUUUGGAGCAGCUUCUGGACAGCAACCAGCACUUGCCGUGGACGGUCCGGGUGAAGCUGGGACUGGACGUGUCUCUGGGACUGGCUUAUCUUCACUCCAAGGGGAUCUUCCACCGCGACCUCACAUCCAAGAACUGUCUCAUCAAAAGUGACGAGAACGGAUUCUCUGCUGUGGUGGCAGAUUUCGGUCUGGCAGAAAAAAUCCCGGAUUUCAGUGACGGUGGUGAGAAGUUGCCGGUGGUGGGGUCUCCAUACUGGAUGGCUCCGGAGGUCCUCCGAAAUGAAGUCUACAAUGAGAAGGCCGACGUCUUCUCGUACGGAAUCGUCUUGUGUGAGAUCAUAGCGAGGAUACAGGCCGACCCCGAUUACCUGCCGCGCACAGAGAAUUUCGGUUUGGAUUAUGACAGUUUCCAGCACAUGGUGGGCGAUUGUCCCCCCGACUUCCUCCAGGUCGCCUUCAACUGCUGCAAUAUGGAUCCGAAGCUCCGCCCCUCCUUUGUGGAAAUCGCGAAGCAGCUGGAGGAGAUCUGGAGUCGUCUGAAGAAUGAAGAGGCUGAAAAUGAGCGAAGAGCCAACAACCCGGACAUCACCGAAACGAAACCUCUUCUCAAAGGUCUCUUUGAGAAGACUCAGGGGGUGAAGCGUCUGAUCUCGUUGCCACCGGACGGCAAAAUCCCCCAGAAGUCUCCGCGGCCCCGCAGGAACAUCACCCUCUCCCGGAGCCAAUCCGACGUCUUCGCCCAGAAACCUCAGCGCAAGAUCAACGUACAGGACCCCUUCUACACCCCCAGGAAGGGCGCCGCGUGCAAGGUUAACCCUUUUAAUGCCAGGGAGGACUUGAAAGGCGGGAAGAUCAAAUUCUUCGACAUGCCGAGCAAGUCGGUCAUCUCUCACGUAUUCGACUUGUACGCGCCCAAGAUGGACGGUGAAGCCGGGACAGGAUCGGUGCGGCAGCUCUUCAGCCAGGAAACUGUGGAUUACUCGAAUGUCCUCAAGAGGCGCUGCAGUUCACUUCCGGUGUCCCCCGAACCUUUAAGAAGAGACUAUCCCCCGCCUCCGUCUCUCUCCUCCACCGUGGGGAAAUGUGACCCCGCGCAGCUCAGCGGGGAGGUGAGGAUCAAACUCUGUAAUGCCAAGUUUGGCGUAGGCGAUAUCCCCCCUUACAGACCCCGAUCUCCAGCCUCAGACGGCGUCCAAACGAACGAAGAAGACAUGGACUGCACAGACGGCUCUGCCGCCAUAGAAGACAACAGAUGUUCUUCCUCCAAAACAGAAGGAGAGGAGAACUGCAACCAGCUGCUGGUCAGCAACACACCCACCCGGAGUCCCCCGAACUGCCUCGCCGAGGACGGCCGCUCGCCGGAGGUGUUCCUCAACGCCGAGGCCAUGGAAAUCGAGGACGCAGUAAACGAGAAUCGGUCCGAGCCUUCGCUCAGCCCCCCGACCAAGUUUGGGGGUCUCUCGCUGUUGCCGGCAGAGGAUGCAGACAGCAAAGACCACCUGAGUGACUCCGUUCCCGGCUGUCGCAUCAUGCGAGGGGUGGUGAAAAUGUGACCUUGUUUGGGGGAACUCUACCGCCUCCCGCAGGAUAUUGAAAUGCGGCAUGUGACAAUAAAAUAGAAAAGGAUAUUUCAACA